AUGGCGGGGUCGUCCAAACGCAAGGCGUCGGUGCUGGAGAAGACGCUGAAUAAGUACCGCUCUGGGCAAAAGGCGGCAUCGAAGAUCAUGACCGCGGCGGCGCGCGAUCGCGCGGCGCUGGACGCGCGAUCGGAGGCGCAGUACGCGCGCAUGAAAGCCGCGGCGGAGGCGCAGAAGCUCGCGGAGGCGGCGGCGAUCGCGGCGAUGGAGGCGGAGGCGAAACCCGUGGAGCCGGUCAAGGUGGUGGCGACGAAUCUGCUGGCGAAGCAGAAACACGCGAUCGAUACGCUCUUCGCGCAGCGACGACCGAUGUCGAACGAUGAUUUGAGAGUUUUCUUGGGCUUUGAUUGCAACGUCGGACCGCUGUUCGAGUCGCUGAAGAAUCACGAGAAGGUUCGAUACGACGCGGCGAAGGGGCUGUUCGAGUACAGGGCGAAGCACGACGUGUUGUGCAAGGAGGACGUGUUGGAGCUGGUGAAUUCGACGCCCGAUGGAUUAGCGAUCGAUGAAAUCGUCGAUGCGUACGUCAAGGCAAAGGAUGAUGCGAUCGCACUCGCGGAAGAAGACGAUGCGGUGAUCAUGUUGACGAACACGGAGACGAAGAAGAAGGUUUUGUUUAGAAAGCAGCCCGAGUACGAAGUCGACUUGAGUGAAGAUUUCGUCGGAUCCUUUCACGACAUAGAGAUCCCCGAGUACGACGUGGACUUCGAUAAGGCGUUGCGCAGAGAGGGGAUCGAACCGACACCGCGUCCAGUGUACGACUUGGGCCCAGCGCCUGAGGUGGAAAAGAAGAAGAAGAAACGCGCGGUGAACUUUGAGCGCAUGAACGUCACCAACGCGCACAUGCCCGAGUUGUUCAAGGCGGCGCAAGUCGACCGAUUGGACGGCUAA